CAAGAUGGCGUUGUGUGGACGUGUCCGGAGGCGCUGCCUCGGCCCCGUGCUCCUUCUGCUCCUGGCUCUGGUGGCGCGGCCGGCGGCAGGCAGCCCUCCUUUUCCUGCUGUCGUCCCCGUGGGUGGUGUCGGUCCGGCCGCGGGGGGGCAAGCGGCGGGGCCGGGCGCGGCGGGCCCUCGAGGUCCCCGCAGCGGCAGCUCGGGCAGCGGGUGGAAGCUGUCGGAGGAGGCGGUGUGCCGGGAGGACGUGGUGCGGCUCUGCUCCAAGCACAGCUGGGCCAACAACCUCGCCGUCCUCGAGUGCCUACAGGAUGUCCGUGAGUCAGAUAAUGAAAUCUCUUCAGACUGCAAUCACCUCUUGUGGAACUAUAAGCUGAACCUCACUACAGAUCCAAAGUUUGAAUCUGUGGCCAGGGAAGUCUGCAAGUCCACUAUUGCAGAGAUAAAGGAGUGUGCAGAUGAACCUAUUGGCAAAGGCUUCUUGGUGUCCUGUUUGGUGGAUCACAGAGGCAACAUCACUGAGUAUCAGUGCCAUCAGUACAUCACCAAAAUGACAGCCAUUAUCUUCAGUGAUUAUCGGUUGAUCUGUGGCUUUAUGGAUGACUGCAAGGCUGACAUCAAUCUCCUGAAAUGUGGCAGCAUUCGACCUGGAGAAAAGGAUGCCCACUCACAAGGAGAGGUGGUGGCAUGCCUGGAAAAAGGCUUAGUAAAAGAGGCAGAGGAGACUGAUCCUCGAAUUCAGGUGUCAGAUCAGUGUAAGAAGGCAAUUCUUCGUGUAGCUGAACUCUCUUCUGAUGACUUCCAUUUGGACCGACAUCUCUACUUUGCGUGUCGAGAUGAUAGAGAGCGAUUUUGUGAAAAUACUCAGGCUGGGGAAGGUAGAGUCUACAAGUGCCUCUUUAAUCACAAGUUUGAAGAAUCAAUGAGUGAAAAGUGUCGUGAUGCGCUGACCACCCGCCAGAAGCUGAUUGCCCAAGACUACAAAGUCAGUUACUCGCUGGCAAAGUCCUGUAAAAGUGAUCUGAAGAAGUACCGCUGUAACGUGGAGAACCUGCCCCGGUCUCGCGAAGCCAGACUUUCCUACCUGUUGAUGUGUUUGGAGUCUGCAGUGCACAGAGGUCGGCAAGUGAGCAGCGAGUGCCAGGGGGAAAUGUUGGAUUACCGGCGCAUGCUCAUGGAAGACUUCUCACUGAGCCCAGAAAUCAUCCUAAGCUGUCGAGGGGAGAUAGAGCACCACUGCUCUGGUCUGCACCGGAAGGGGCGCACCCUGCAUUGCCUGAUGAAAGUAGUACGGGGCGAAAAGGGAAACGUCGGCCUGAAUUGCCAGCAGGCGCUUCAAACACUGAUUCAAGAAACUGACCCUGGCGCAGAUUACCGUAUUGACCGAGCACUGAACGAGGCCUGCGAGUCAGUGAUCCAGACUGCCUGCAAGCACAUACGAUCUGGAGACCCGAUGAUUCUGUCUUGCCUGAUGGAGCACUUGUAUACUGAGAAGAUGGUAGAGGACUGUGAGCAUAGGCUCCUGGAGCUCCAGUAUUUCAUAUCUCGUGACUGGAAAUUGGAUACAGUCCUUUACCGCAAGUGUCAGGGAGAUGCCUCCCGUCUCUGCCAUACCCACGGCUGGAAUGAGACUAGUGAGCUGAUGCCUCCGGGGGCUGUUUUCUCCUGCUUGUACAGGCAUGCAUACCGCACAGAGGAACAGGGAAGGAGGCUGUCACGAGAGUGCAGAGCAGAGGUCCAGAGAAUCCUCCAUCAGCGUGCCAUGGAUGUGAAGCUUGACCCAGCCCUCCAGGACAAGUGCAUGAUUGACUUAGGGAAGUGGUGCAGUGAAAAAACAGAGACAGGGCAGGAGCUGGAAUGCCUUCAGGACCAUCUUGAUGACUUGGUGUCUGACUGCAGAGACAUAGUGGGAAAUCUCACUGAGCUGGAGUCUGAGGAUAUUCAAAUCGAAGCCUUGCUGAUGAGAGCCUGUGAGCCCAUUAUCCAGACGUUCUGUCAUGAGGUGGCAGAUAACCAGAUUGAUUCUGGGGACCUGAUGGAGUGUCUGAUCCAGAACAAACACCAGAAGGAAAUGAAUGAAAAAUGUGCAAUUGGAGUUACUCAUUUCCAGCUGGUUCAAAUGAAAGACUUUAGGUUCUCAUACAAGUUUAAAAUGGCUUGCAAGGAGGAUGUACUGAAACUUUGCCCCAACAUCAAAAAAAAGGUGGAUGUCGUGAUCUGUUUGAGCACAACUGUGCGCAAUGAUACUUUGCAGGAUGCCAAGGAGCACAGAGUCUCUCUGAAGUGCCGCAAACAGCUGCGUGUUGAGGAGCUAGAGAUGACUGAGGAUAUCAGACUUGAACCAGAACUGUAUGAGGCUUGUAAAAGUGACAUCAAGAAUUACUGCCAAAACGUGCCCUAUGGCAAUGCUCAGAUUAUUGAAUGCCUGAAAGAAAUCAAGAAGCAGUUGAGUACCCGGUGCCACCAGAAGGUGUUUAAACUGCAGGAGACAGAGAUGAUGGAUCCAGAAUUGGACUACACACUCAUGAGAGUCUGCAAGCAAAUGAUUAAGCGGUUUUGUCCAGAGGCAGACUCAAAAAAUAUGUUGCAGUGUUUGAAACAAAACAAGAACAGUGAAGUAAUGGAUCCUAAAUGCAAGCAAAUGAUUACCAAGCGCCAGAUAACACAGAACACAGAUUACCGCUUAAAUCCAGUGCUCAGGAAGGCGUGCAAAGCAGACAUCCCAAAAUUCUGCCAGAAUAUCCUCAAUAGAGCCAAGGACGAUACCGAGUUGGAAGGGCAAGUCAUCUCAUGCCUGAAGUUGAAAUAUGCAGACCAGCGUCUCUCUCAAGACUGCGAGGACCAAAUUCAAGUGAUAAUCCAGGAAUCAGCUCUUGAUUAUCGGCUGGAUCCCCAACUCCAAAUGCACUGCUCUGAUGAGAUUUCCAGUUUGUGUGCAGAAGAAGCAGCGGCUCAGGAGCAGACUGGGCAGGUGGAAGAAUGCCUGAAAGUGAAUCUGCUGAAAAUAAAAACUGAAAUGUGCAAGAAGGAAGUGCUCAAUAUGCUGAAGGAAAGCAAAGCAGAUAUAUUUGUUGACCCAGUGCUCCACACAGCCUGUGCCCUGGAUAUCAAGCACCACUGUGCUGCCAUUCCACCAGGGAGAGGACGCCAAAUGUCAUGCUUAAUGGAAGCUCUGGAAGAUAAACGUGUGAGGUUGCAGCCUGAAUGCAAGAAACGCCUUAAUGAUCGUAUUGAAAUGUGGAGCUAUGCUGCAAAGGUUGCCCCAGCAGAAGGCUUUUCUGACCUUGCCAUGCAAGUUAUGACCUCUCCGUCCAAGAAUUACAUACUGUCUGUGAUCACAGUCGGCAUCUGUGUUCUCUUCCUCAUCGGCCUGAUGUGUGGACGCAUCACCAAGCGGGUAACAAGAGAGCUCAAGGAUAGGUAGAGCAUGGAUUGCCUGCUGAAGAAAUGCCUGCCCAGUGCCCAGUUUUGUACAGCCCUCCUCUGUAUAGUCAACCAAUCCCCUCUUGUGAGAGGAGAAUAAAAACAAAACAAAAAAAAACACACAAAAAAAACACAAACAAAACAAACAAAAAAAACCACAAAAAAAUUAGAACAGCAACAGGUGUUGGCUCAGUUUUCCCAUCCUGGAUCUCAUCCACAGCAUCUCCAUCCUAUAAGAGUUUGUGUGCAACAUUGGCAGCCCAGCCAGCAGCAGCUUUUGUUACCCCUCUGUUAGCAGACUCAUUUACCUGCCUGUAGACAAGUCUCUAUUGUACUGUUGGAACUGCCUUCACUCUCCAAAUCAGACUGAUAUGACCUGCAGCUCAAGCAGUUUUUAAGUAAAUUUCUAAAGAUGUAUACCUGCACACUGACUGUAUGAUUUAGGUAAUGGUUCUUACUGAAAUCUAGUCAUCCUCUGUGGCUGGGUAAAGUGCAGGCAGGAAAUUAAAGGGUAAAUUGCCUCUUAAUACCACAGUUGACUUUGUUUUGGACAUCUUGCUCAUCUUACGUAAAGCAUCUUCAGAGCAUAGUCUUAGACAAUCUAAGGACACCAGUCAGUGAUGUCAUCUUCUAGUGAAUAUCUUGCUUUUGUGACUGUGGAAUUUCUUUUUUUUUCUUUUUCUGAAAAGAUGUCCUCCUUUUUUUUCCCUGCCACACUUGCAAGACAGAAUAAAAUACUGACCAGGGCCAAAUACUCACGUGAGCUGUGCAACUUGUAUGUCAGUAGAUUAAAGACACAGUGUAGACAUGUGGCAUGUGGAGCCUGUCAGGAGUGUACACUGCUGCUGUCAGUGGGUAUUAAAUGCCCUGAUUAGUCACUUGGUCAACUUUUUUGUUAGCAAUGAUGCAGUAAAAUCAUAACACUCAUUUUAUCUUGCUGCUGCUAAGCUGUUACCCUUCCACAUUUAACACUCUAUAGAUGUUGACAUGCAGGUAAUAAAGAUAGUGCUCAGACAGUGAUGGAGAAGGCGACUGAACACUCAACCUGCUCUGUCUGUAAGAUGGUUACUUAUGGAAUAGUGCAGUGGUUUGUAACUGUCCUGUCUGGUUGUCAUGCUUUGAACGGUAGCACUGAAGAGUGAUUUUUAUUUCCACAACUACAACUGAUAGUGAUGGCAACUGGCCUUUCAUGAAAUGUAGGACAUAAGUGCUGGUCCAGAAGGCCAAGGAGGAGUGGAUGGGAGGAAGAUAGUGUCAUAUGGAAAGUACAGUAACAUCUGGAUCUUUAAGGGAAGUAGCUUUCACAUUGUUACCAUCAAUGUGUGCACUCUUUCUGUGUAUAGUUACUCUUCCAGAACCUGAUACUCACACCCGAUAGUCCAUGGAAGGUGUUUUAGAAAAGCUGCACCAGCACUUGUGGCCUAUUCUUACCAUCACCUUUGUUCCUUAAGUACAAGGGGGCAUGGAAGUCAUAAGGCACAGGCUUUGGCUGAAACAUUGUGUUGCAGGGGUCAAGAGGUGACUGCACGAGAGUCCAUGUGUACAGUAGGAGAUACUUUAUUUGCCUUUUAGAUGUGCUCAUGUGCGUGUGCUGCGGUAAAAAUUGUGUGCCUGGAACUGUCCAACCUGGGCUGACGCUCGAACCAUGACUUUUUCUUCCCGCAUAGUGUACUGCUAGGUAAGACCUGACAUUUCCAGCUCUCCACAAUGUUCUCUAGAAGAACAGUGAAGGUGAUUUGAGACAUUCUGGAGUGUGGACCAGCUGAUUCUGAUGAUGCUGCAUGUACAGAAUGGCAAAUACAAAAUACUGUGAGCUUUUGCUGCAACUGAAGCUUUUUGCGUAUGUACCUUCAUCCCACUCCAUGAAUGGACAGCAAACUAUUAGUGAUAUGAUUUUAGACUUACUAUGCCAGUGGGUUUUUCACAAACACUUCUGGCUUUAUAUCAAAGUAUUAUGAACACAAGGCAAGCAGUAGUGAAAGUCUGAGCAAUGAAGGUUCAGUGGAGAAAUAGUGGUAGGAUUGUGGUUAGGCAGUUAGGUAGAACAAAAUUAAACCUGAAUUUUUCUUCUCACUCCUCUUCCCUGUUGCUAACAGCUUAACUGCCCUCUGUCAAUGUGAAAUGGAGCAGAGGAGGGAUGGUUGAUCAUGUCUGUCUCGGCAGCACAGGUGUAUAACAGAGGUUAGUUUGGCAGCUAUAGGUGUGUAUUGUGUCACCUGACAGAGUGCUGGAAUUUCUGCUGUAGAGAUGUGUUCACAGAGCUGCUGGCAAGGGAAGCAGGAUCUGUGUCCUUACUUAGCACAAGCCGUGCUUUUUGAAGUGUCAGGCAUAAAGAAGUUGCUGUCAGAGGGCUUUUUUUAAACUGUUGUGACUCUUUGAAGAGGCGUAUUGUAACCUGAUUAGCUUGAAAAGUCUUAAUUAGAUGGCUUAUUGUCUAGAAAUAGCAUCUUUCACUAAAUUCCAAAAGACAUUGCAGUGAAAAUUGUAGGUUUGUAGACAUAGUUCUGAAUGUAAACUCUGUUUAGCUCCAAAGGUGACUUUCUUUACUUUCAGGUAUAAGGCUUGCUGGGUGGUGGGUUUUUUUUUUGUAUUUUAAUUUGGAGAAGGUUAAGAUGAGAGUACCUGAAGUGAUGUGUUUGGCGUCUGUAGUCUACAGCAUUGGUCUGUGGUUGGUAGUGUUCCUGUCUGUGUCAGCAGGCUCACCUGGGAAUACGGUUUCAGCGCAGGCACUCUGGGAUGGUGCUGUAGAUGUGUGUCUGGAGGCCCUCUGAAGCAAAGGUAGAAUAUAGAAUCAAUUUCUGCAUGGUUCCCUUGAUGUUCUUGUUCACUGUAAGCGCACAGACCCACCUUCUAAAGGUGCAACACUGGCAGAGGACCCACGAGCACCGUUAACCUCCUCACGUCUUAAUACGGGGCCUUCUGCCACUGCUUUUGACCAGAUCUGCUUUUUUUGUGACUAGAAAUCUACCAGUUCCAGUCUUGAAACAUCAUUCUCCUUCUAUAUCUAAAAAUCUGGAGGUCUCAAAAGCACAGAAACCUACACUUACAAAAAUAACCUGCUGGUGCUGUUGCCAACACAGCAUCUCACCUGCAGGUAUCAGUUUUCCAUGGCACAGAAAGAAAUAGCUGUAAGAAACACUGCUGUUGCCUUGACCUUGAGGAAGCCUAUUUAACUUCUCAGAUCUAAUUGAGAGUGCUAGAAAUAGCUGUGAUCCACCAAAGGAAGAGUGUUGGUGUGGCAGAAGCUGGGGUACCUCUUUCUUUUCAUGGAGGCUGCCUUCCACAGAGUGCAGUUCAGGAGGUGCUUGGUUUGAGGUUUUUUUAACUCUUUGUCAACACAAAACCUUCUUUUGGAAAGUUUAUCCUGGAUGUAGUGAUGCUGGUUGGUAGGACUGGAUGACUAGGAUCUAGCAAGGUGUACAGCUCUCUGUUCCCCUUAAGCUGCUGCAAGGGUUAACAGGUUCUGUUUCCUACAUGGUGGCAUGUUUGUGAGGGGACUGUGCAUGAUCAUUGAAUAGUCUGUGUUGAAAGGGUCCUUCGAAGCUCAUCUAAUCCAACCCUCCUGCAGUGAGCAUGGGCAUUUUCAAGUAGAUGUGCAUCUUGUUCCUCCACUUUUGCUAGCAAAUUAGUAUUCAUUAUUGUUGACCUUUAAUAAGCUUAUUUAUUGUUUACCUAGUGGGCCUAAUCAAGUCCUUUUGCUGAGUUGUAACUUGAGAUUGCCUUGCCUUGCUUCUUGCUGCUGGAGUGUAACUCAUCAGGAGUGUUUAUCCUGCCCUUCCGGUGCUGUCAGGCCAGUUGAGUUGAGCACCUGUGUCUGCAUCACUGCUAAGGGCUGUGAAAAACCCUAAUGAAGCUCAAGUGAUUCUGUAACAAAAUUUAAGCUUUUCCUCCAGAACCUGACACUUGAAUCCAUGGGAACAUAAUCAGCCUUGCUCAGAUAGAACCCACAGUAAGUGCAUUGUGUUAAAAAUAAUGGAAAGGAGUGAAUGUCUUAAGCACAGAACUGACUCUGGGUGGGCAUGGAGGGAAGAAAUGCAACACAUGAGUCCCAUCACGCUGUAGAAGAAUUGUGUCCCAAGUUGGAUGGCAACUUCUGUUAAAAUCCAACUUUAUUAUUUAGUUGAAAGGAGAUUGUAGUACUUUUUUUUUAAUCAGUUUUGGUUUUUUUGACAGAAAAAGGUAAUUUUGAAGUGUUUUUUGAGUGCAUGGGUGGUACAGAACCUGAACAUUUCAUCUAGCACUUGUGUCCCUCUUUAAAACACAGCUCAACACAGCUUUAGUGAGAGUGUGUUCUUAAUUGUAGGGCUCCCAACCUUCCGGGCAGCUCCCAGGUACAUUUAAGGCAGUCUCUCUGCUCAGGGGCCAGACCAGCCUCGCUUCCCCGGCUUGGGUGGACAGAGGGGAUCCGAAUCACACCCGAUCAGGAGAGAGUUGAGCUGGCACCGCUGCUCCUCCUGUGCUGGUGGGGUCCGGCGUCCACCCAUCGAGUGCCACCGGUGUGGGGCAGGGAGUGGGAAUAAUGUGUUGCCACUUGCUGGCCAGGGGCAGAUGGCUGUUUUCUCCUUCCACAACACUCCGAUUUCAUUCCAUAGCUGACCGAAAGCAAAAGAUCCUUUCCUGGCAUCCCCCAAAUCCCACCUCACCGCCUCCCUGUGUUUAGUGAGUUGGAGCGCUGGUGUAGCUCUUGCCUUGGGGAAUGCUGAGCUAGGGCAAAGGGAUGCUCAUGCUGAGGUUAUCAGAAGGUGGGAAUAACACUUGUAUUGGGCUCUCUAGCAUCCCAGAGAGCUGGGAGCCAGGAUUUAUGGGAAACCAAACCAGACGCAGUGGGGAUUCCUGUUGUACAGCAGAAGCUGUUUCAACUUAGUCUCUUUCUUAAUUAUGAUUAUGAUUUUCAGAUGUGCUAUUAACGAGACCUUUUCUGUACCUUGUUUCCCCUCGCUGUGUAUAAAUCCCAGCCACUCCUUUCGGGUUGUUUUGGGUUUGGUUUUCGUUGGGGUUUUUUUUUUUUGUUUGUUUUUUUACAUGUCCAUACUGUGUAAUUUUGAGAUGUUACCGAGAUUCUGAACAUAAUAAUAAUAAUAAUGUGCGUUCCUUUUGUUUGUUUUCUGUACAGAUGAAACAGGAGAAUUUAAUAAAAAGCGUCUGCAGGUUUUUUA